CAAUUUUCUGUUUCAUGUUCCUAUUAUUUUAUCCUUGAUUUUAUCUUAUAAAAAGCAAAUAUAUCCUGGGAGCAGGGAAGUCAAUAUUAUCGAUCAAACCAGGAGCAUGUUCCAGAAAAGUCAGUAAAAUGUUCCCUCUCAGGAAAUUCACACACAAUGAGUGGAAAGUUAAUAAUCAUGGGAAGAGAAUUAUCUCAGAACAGCAGCAGGAGUUGGCUGAUAGAGUAAUAAGUGAAUCCGAUCGGUUGGUGGAUGAGAUUCGCCUGAAGACUCAUCAGAAUCAUGGAGAGAGCAAUCAUAGACUUGGAGAGAGGAUUUCUGACAUCAAAUUCCUCAGAGAUGAGCUUGAAAGGCACAAAGCUGAGGCUUGUGCUGAGGAAGAAGCCCUCAAGACCUACAGGAUGAGGAUCUCAAAGGCACUUGAGGUUUUCCGUGAGAAAUUCCUGCCAAUAUGCCGGAAGUGCUUGGAACUGAGGGAGCAAAGGAUUCAGACAGACAUUGUACGCGAUGAGGUGGAAAGAAAACUCCAGCAGGAGCUGAGAGUAAUCCAAGAAUCCUUGGAGAGCCUCGACAAGGCUCAUUCAGAUACCACAGAACAAAUCCGAAAGAUUAGGGCUGCUAUGUACCAAGUGGACAAGGACAUUUUUCUGAAGGCUUCAGCUCAGAAAAUUGAUGAAAAAUGCCUGGAAAUCAAACCAUCUCAGCUGAAUCUCAAGAUUCAGAAACUCAAUCCUGAGAAGGAUACCUUCAACACCACAAUGGAAGCCUGGCAGAAGAUUACACUGGACACAAUCCAGAGAACUUCUCAGGAAAUUAAUAAAGCUCGAUCCUUGAGGUCCUUCAUGGAUAUUCUUCUACGGCAACUGGCUGAGGAUAUCUUUACAGCUACAGAAGCCACAAAUGUGGCCUUUGGGCAGAGAAUUAAAGAAGUCAGAGCUACCAAGGAUCGCCUGGAAGAUGUCCACAGGGAGACAUCGCGUCAAGUGAAUGAGAUUGAGCGAAAUCUGGGAAAGCUGGAGCACGAAUUAGCCACAAAAGAAGGCUUCCUGGCAGCUUGUACAACAAGACUCUCGGAGCGUAAGAAACGUCCAGCUACUGAGCUGUGCUUAGACAUUCCUCAAGAGACCCUUCUGAGGGAAUUGGCAAAUCUCAAUGUGAGCUGCAAACAGUUGAAUCAGAUGAUCACAGACACAAAAACCACUCAAAGGUAUUUACUGAACACUCAGAUGCAGCAGGAGCAGGAAAUCAACAUCAAGAUGAAUUCCCUGAAAGUGGACGAAGUGGAUUGCAUGUCUCUGAGGCAAGGGCUUGAGUUCAAAUCCUUUUAGGAAAUAAAACAACUGUCCUUAAAAUUUUCCCUGAGGGACUUUUAAUCACAGUUAAUGUAACUUAUCCUGGACAAACACAAAUGUUUGGAAAUAAACAUAUAAUAGUAAAACAAG